AUCUACUUUAUUUAUUUACGUAGUACUUGACGUGUGACGUCAGGUAUUAUUUUGUGUGUUGUCAGAUAGGAAGAAUUUGCAUGAUUAUUUAAUUAUAAAUGUAUUCUAUUUGACACAAUUUUCUUUGUUCAAUUACUUUUAGAACAAACUAAUCCUCUAGACAUCGAAUUUCAAUUAUUUAGAAUCCAUAUUAGUUAAUCAUAAUGGCGUCUGCACCAUACAGCUACAGUUACAUUUUCAAGUAUAUCAUCAUUGGUGAUAUGGGCGUAGGAAAGUCAUGCCUUCUACAUCAGUUCACAGAUAAGAAAUUUAUGUCUGAUUGCCCUCACACAAUUGGUGUGGAAUUUGGAACCAGGAUUAUCGAAGUUUCUGGGCAAAAAAUCAAGUUGCAGAUCUGGGAUACAGCUGGACAGGAGAGAUUCCGUGCUGUGACCAGAUCUUACUACCGUGGAGCAGCUGGAGCAUUGAUGGUCUAUGACAUCACUCGCCGAUCAACCUACAACCACCUCAGCAGUUGGCUCACAGAUACCAGGAAUCUGACCAAUCCUAGCACUGUUAUAUUCCUCAUCGGCAACAAGAGAGACGUUGAAGAUCAAAGGGACGUUACUUAUGAAGAAGCAAAAGACUUUGCUGACGAGAAUGGGUUGAUGUUUGUAGAAGCAAGUGCCAAAACUGGAGAGAAAGUGGAGGAAGCUUUCUUGGAAACAGCGAAAAAAAUCUAUCAGAGCAUCCAAGAUGGAAAGUUGGAUCUGAAUGCUGCUGAAUCCGGUGUUCAACACAAGCCUUCUCAGAAACCCCGCGGAGCUAUCAUCAAUGACCAGCAGGCCAACAAAGACUCAUGUUCAUGCUAGGCAAAGAGUGCAUUCAUUUAGACUGGUCUGUUUGUUGGUGGUGCUGAUACCUAAGAAAUAGAGCCAAUAAAUGAAGAGGAUCUGUUACGAUAGCUAUCUCGAGUGAAUUGUGAUAUAUUUGUGAGUUGAGUUCAGACUGUGAAACUGGUGAAUGCUGCGGCAAUUGAAUAUAUUCUAAGCAGACAUUUAAAUCCCCUUCUUACCUCUGCUUGCACUCCUCCUCCUUCCUGAUCGCCCUUCACUCAACUUCAUUCGAAUUCAGAUCUUCAAAACAUGUCCCAUUCAAAUGAAUAACCCAAUUCAUCACUAUCUUUUAUCCAGCCUGAAUCAUUUUCACUUGUAAUCAUUGUAGUUGAAAGCAUUGUAAUGACAAGGAAGUGUAAUAGAAUUGGAAGUAGAACACAAAACUUGUAAGUUGAGAAAUACGGUCAACUCAACCCAUCACUAUCAAGCUCAGAACUAUGUAAAAUAAACUCCUUAGCAAGAAGUUGCUAUUAAUCAAAAUAAAACCCAUUUGUAUUUCGACAUGUAGAAUUUGAAUGUUGAAGAACAUUAUUAUAUGGUAUAUUAUUGUAUGCAUAUAUUAAUCAUAAUACAUUUUUGUAUGACUUGUAACUGGUAUUAGUAAUCACAAGUUUGAUAUUAGUUCUCAAUGAUAUUUUUGGGCAUUUUACGUUCUCUGUUGGUUUUAAUGUAAUUUAAGUUGUUUUUGAUUAUCAUAUACACACGCCUAUUCCUGCAAGUAUCUUAUUAGUUCCGGUGAAAGUCUUCUCUUGUUCACACCAGCUUAAGCAAUAAUUGUAAACCAAACCAAACAAAAUCGAAUCAGAGUCAAACAUGAUAAAUUUGAAAAUCACCGACUCCAGUCUAUUAUUUUCCAUGCACAAUCAUUCAAGAACAAUAAAUUGAGUAAAUUGA